CCGCGGUCCCUCUUGAGCACCGCCUUGCCGGUUUGGCGGGGUGAAAGGUUGCGAAGAUGGCGACGGCCUUGAGCGAAGAGGAGCUGGACAAUGAAGACUAUUACUCGUUGCUGAACGUGCGCAGGGAGGCCUCUUCGGAAGAGCUGAAAGCCGCCUACCGCAGGCUGUGCAUGCUGUACCACCCCGACAAGCACCGAGACCCCGAGCUCAAGUCCCAAGCCGAGCGGCUGUUUAACCUCGUCCACCAGGCGUAUGAAGUGCUCAGUGACCCGCAGACCCGGGCCAUCUAUGACAUCUAUGGGAAGAGAGGACUGGAGAUGGAAGGAUGGGAGGUCGUGGAGAGGAGGAGGACCCCAGCCGAGAUCCGAGAAGAGUUUGAGCGGCUGCAGAGAGAGCGGGAGGAGAGGCGACUGCAGCAGCGAACCAAUCCCAAGGGGACCAUCAGCGUGGGCAUCGAUGCCACUGACCUCUUUGAUCGCUACGAGGAGGAGUACGAAGAUGUGUCCGGAAGCAGCUUUCCGCAGAUUGAAAUUAACAAGAUGCACAUAUCGCAGUCUAUCGAGGCACCGCUGACGGCCACGGACACGGCCAUCCUGUCGGGGAGCCUCUCGACCCAGAACGGGAACGGAGGGGGCUCCAUCAACUUCGCGCUCAGACGGGUCACCUCCGCCAAGGGAUGGGGCGAGUUAGAGUUUGGAGCUGGGGACCUGCAGGGGCCUCUCUUUGGUCUAAAGCUGUUCCGCAAUCUCACACCAAGAUGCUUCGUGACGACCAACUGUGCUCUGCAGUUUUCAUCCCGCGGCGUCCGGCCCGGCCUCACCACUGUCCUGGCUCGGAAUCUGGACAAGAACACCGUGGGCUACCUGCAGUGGCGAUGGGGCAUCCAGUCGGCCAUGAACACGAGCAUCGUCCGGGACACCAAAACCAGCCACUUCACCGUGGCCCUGCAGCUGGGAAUCCCUCACUCCUUUGCACUGAUCAGCUACCAGCACAAGUUCCAGGAUGACGACCAGACUCGUGUGAAAGGGUCGCUUAAGGCCGGCUUCUUCGGGACGGUGGUGGAGUACGGGGCCGAGAGGAAAAUCUCCAGGCACAGCGUUCUCGGGGCCGCGGUCAGCAUCGGGGUUCCCCAGGGCGUCUCUCUCAAAGUCAAGCUGAACAGGGCCAGUCAGACGUACUUCUUCCCCAUCCAUCUGACGGACCAGCUCCUCCCCAGCGCCGUGUUCUACGCCACCGUGGGGCCCCUCGUGGUCUACUUCGCGAUGCACCGCCUCCUCAUCAAGCCGUACCUGCGGGCGCAGAAGGAGAGGGAGCUGGAGAAGCAGAGGGAAAGCACCGCCACCGACAUCCUGCAGAAGAAGCAGGAGGCCGAGGCAGCGGUUCGGUUGAUGCAGGAGUCCGUCCGAAGGAUCAUCGAGGCAGAAGAAUCUAGAAUGGGCCUCAUCAUCGUCAACGCCUGGUACGGGAAGUUUGUCAACGACAAGAGCAAGAAGAGCGAGAAGGUGAAGGUGAUCGACGUGACGGUGCCCCUGCAGUGCCUGGUGAAGGACUCGAAGCUCAUCCUCACGGAGGCCUCCAAGGCUGGGCUGCCCGGCUUCUACGACCCCUGCGUGGGCGAGGAGAAGAGCCUGAAGGUGCUGUACCAGUUCCGGGGCGUGCUGCACCAGGUGAUGGCGCAGGACGGCGAGGCGCUCAGGAUACCAAAGCAGUCCCACAGGAUUGACACGGACGGAUAAGCUGCCCAAGAAACCAGAUUAAAAGAGGCUGCAAAAAAUCUUUUCCUGGGAGUCAACAAAUUUGGAAGCAGGGAAAAAACCCAGACAUAAGAUAUGUUUAUUUUAUAUUAUUCCUAUAGAAGGUGGUCCCGAAUCAAUUAUGUGAAGGGACGGAGACAGCCCGCUUCCCCGGGUGCUGCGGGUCGGAGUGCAGCAGCCCCGCCAGGACCAGGACCAGGGCGCAGCUGUGUCUUUGUCCCCCAGGAUCAUGUCCCCGAGGCCAGGGCCCCGGCCCCGGGACACCCCGGGGUCCCUCCCCGAGGUCUCCGGCACCUGCUGGCCGCAGCCACCCCGCAGCCCCUGGCCUGCCUCGGGGUCCUCGUGGGACGCCCGGCCCCGCCCGGCAGAGGAGGGGAGAGCGGGAGUCUCCGGCCGAGUGAGCAUGUGUGGUCAGCCUCCCGACAACCGCCUUUCCCUGAUGAAAUGUGGAGAGGAGCGUGGGUUUAUAAAUCUGCUUUUUAUCUGACAAGUGAUGUUGGAAAUUAGUCCUUCUUUCCCUCCCAGAACUUCUCAAGUCAUUCCACUGGCACCUGGCUUGGGACAGAGAAUUGUGACCGGUUCCCAGGACCGUUCCUGUCAUAGGUCACUUCCUUCCAGGACCCCUGUCCCUGUGGGAAGAGGCGGCUGUCCGUCCUUCUCACCACGUCUCUCUCGGCUGGGCCCGGCCCGCCUGUGCCCACGCCACAGUGCGGAGUUGGAACGAGGGGUCACAGGAGGAGGGGAAGCACAGAGGGGCCCCCGGACCAUGCCGUGGGCCCAGGGCAGUGCUCACUUGCGGCCAGCAGGUGGCACUGCGGCUCCCCGCACCUGACCCGGCCCAGCUCCUUCUGCACAGGGGACUAAGGCCUUCCUUCCUUGGCCUCGGGUGGGUGCAGGGUACUUUGGGGGCUGUCAGCUGCGAUGAGCGCAGACCCGCCAGUCUGGUUCUGACAGCCCCCACGCUGGUGCCAGCGGAAUUGCUGAUGGCCACUCCCUCCAGUUUUUUAAAAGCAGCUCAGGUGGUCCAGUCCUGUAGUAUUUAUUUCUGUCCCCCUGCAACAUAGUCUGAGUUCUCCGGGCUGCUGCCCUGAACGCGCACUGUGCAGUGGGCACCGUGUUUGACGAGUCCGACCGCGGGCACAGCCCUGCCCCGUCCGCGGCCGGUGGCUCCAGCAGCGCCCGGCUCCCUCCUGGGCCUGACGUGGAUGUACAGGAGGCACGCUCACCACAAUAAACCUUUCCUGAAAGCCGGGGA